AUGUGGACCACGAUGCUCGUGUGGACGGUCGCCGUCGUGCUUUUGCCAGCACCUCGAACGGUGAACGCCUCUGGGGUGUUCGAGCUAAGGCUGAAGUCGUUCGUGAACGAGUACGGAAAGGACAGUCUGGGCAAGUGUUGCUCGGGCAGCACGUCCAAGACCGGCGAGUGCUCGGGCGUUUGCAAGACCAGGUUCAGGGUAUGCCUGAAGCAGUAUCAAGUGAAGAUCGACACGACGACGCCGUGCACGUACGGGGAUGUCGUCACGCCCGUGCUGGGCGAGAACAUCGUUAAUCUGAGUCCGAACGUCGCGAUGCCGAGCUUCACCAAUCCCAUCAGAUUUCCGUUCGAGUUCACGUGGCCGGGUACCUUCUCGCUGAUAGUGGAGGCUUACCAUGACGCGGACAACACGACACACCACUCAUCCGAGAAAGUGUUGAUAACGAGGCUGACCACCCAAAAGUGGCUGGACGUCGGGCCGGAGUGGACCGAGGACGAGUACAGAAGCGCUCAUUCGAAGAUGGUGUACGAGUACAGGGUGACGUGCGUCGCCCAUUACUACGGGAAGGGCUGCGAGAAUCUUUGCCGGCCGAGGGACGACAAUUUUGGUCAUUACAGCUGCAGCCCGACCGGCGAGAGGGUAUGUCUCUCUGGAUGGAAGGGCGACUACUGCAAUACCCCCCGCUGCCUGCCCGGAUGCGACGAGCAGCACGGACACUGCAGCCGACCCGACGAAUGCACAUGUCACAACGGCUGGAUGGGAGCGUACUGCGACCAGUGUGUCCGAUACCCGGGUUGUCUUCACGGUAGCUGCCAAAAGCCCUGGGAGUGCCUGUGCGACGAGGGCUGGGGCGGUCUGUUCUGCAACCAAGAUCUCAACUACUGCACGAAUCACAAGCCGUGCAUGAACGGCGGCACCUGCUUCAACACCGGCCAGGGUUUGUACACCUGCUCGUGCGCGCCCGGCUUCACCGGCACGGACUGCGAGAAACCGCUUUUGGACUGUCACUCGAAACCGUGUCUGAACGGCGGCUCUUGCACCAUGGAGGCAUCCUACGGGAAUUCUAGCCUGGCCGGCGGUCUUGCCGCCUCGAAAACCAACGUGGACGGUUCAUCGUCAUCCUCGUCAUCCAGGCAGCAACAGCAACAUCAUCGGGCCGGUUACAAGUGCACCUGCCCACCCGGUUGGCGGGGUCGUCACUGUGAGAUCAGCACGAGAUCCUGUCGUGAUUCGCCUUGCCAUCACGGCGCCACCUGCGAGGACGACUCUCUGCGUGGCUACGUGUGCCGUUGCCCGGCCGGUUACACCGGCAACGAUUGCGAGUCCCAACUGAACGAGUGCUCGCCGAAUCCGUGCGCGAACUCGGGCACCUGCACCGACAUCGUGAACGGUUUUCGUUGCUCCUGCCCGACAGGCUUCACCGGCGAACGUUGCGAGACGAACAUCGACGACUGCCAAGGCGAUCCAUGUCUGAACGGUGCGACCUGCGUGGAUCUGGUGAAUCAGUUCCGUUGUCAGUGCGUGCCCGGUUACGUCGGUAGACUCUGCCAGGACAAGGUAGACUAUUGCCUGGCGAAACCAUGCGCGAACGGUGGUAGAUGUAUAUCAGGGACCAACGACUACCGUUGCGACUGCAAGCCCGGCUUCACCGGCAAGGAUUGCAGCGUGGACGUGGACGAGUGCCGUAGCGGCCCGUGCAAGAACGGAGGUAUCUGUCGGAACCGUGUGAACGGUUUCAUCUGCGAAUGCCCGAACGGCUGGCACGGAGACACUUGUGCCGAAGAAGUGGGCAGCGGAACAGCGAUUCUACCAGCAGCAGCAGCAGCAGCAGCAGCAGCAGCAGCUGCUGCUGCUGCUGCAUCCCCGUCGAACACCGUCCCAGCGGUACCACCAUCGGGAGCCAGUUACUGGUCAGGCAAUCUAUCCAGGCACGUGGCAUCGGCCGAGCCUAGAGACGCAGGUCUGACCACUGAACACGUGGUGGUGAUAGCUACUCUAUCCACAGCGGUACCAGCGUUCGUCUUGGUCGCUGCUGUCGCGGUGAUGUGCAUGAAGCGUCGUCAGAAGAGGGAACAGGCGAAAGCUGACGAAGAAGCUAGGCUACAGAACGAGAGGAACGCGGUCCACAGCAGCAUGAGCAAGAGGAGCGGUGGCGGUGUAAUGGGCGGUAUGGGUCCAGUUGGCUCCACCGUGGGUAGCACCGUUGGAAUAGGCAACGUCGGACUCCUAGGUGGCGGUGGUAGCGGUAUGAUCAGCGGUGGCGGUGUCGGCGGUAGUGUCUGCACACUGGGCACAGGUGAUGCUCACAUGAUCAAGAACACGUGGACCGCGAACAAGAGCGUGAACAACGCCGCCGCGUCCGUCAGACAGGACGAUCUCGACUCGUCGUUUCAAACGGACGUCACGCUGGACAGCUCGUGCUCCGGUUACAAGCCGGAACCGAUACUACAGGACGGCCGUGCGACGCGGACGACCAAACAGCUGAACACAGAGGCGGCGGCCCACAGGGCCUCGCAUCUGUUCCAGAAAGAGAAAGACUGUCUCGGCCUGGGCCUGGGUCUCGGGAUCGGAAGCGUGAUCGAGACCGCGAAGAGGUCGUCGGUGUUCGCGGGGAACACGGACAGCUGUUGCGCGGCGGAGGCGGCGUUGCUGAAGAGGCCGCCGACCACGAUCACGGAAGGUGGAACCGGUCCACCGGGGGGCGGCGCCUCAGACACCGGCUGUGGGGUGUACGUAAUAGACGAUCACUAUAGGCACGACUCGUCGCUCGCGGCGACGCUCGCGACGGAAGUGUAGUUUAGUUCUAUUUUUUUUUCAUUCGAUCAACCCCCUCACCCCCGUCCGUGUUCGUUUUGCGAGCCAGUAAUAUGGACUCUCGUUUCAAAUCGGUUCCCCUUCGUUCCUCCUUGAAGACCUCUGUGACAAAGCUGUGAGAUUUAACUCCUCGAAAGAAUCGUGUAUCUUUCAUUCCGUGGCGUUUGCGCGCGACCACCACCACCACCACCCCCACCCCCAUCUGUCCCUGUUGUAUAUGGGCCACGCACACAAAUUGUGAUUAGGUGUUAUAAAUCACCUUGGCUCUUCGGAAAAACGUCUUUCGCGUAAACGUGACCGAAAAGCUCCAGACCACCACAACAGGAGGAGAGGGGUGGUAGGAAUGAGAAAAUGUGUGACGCGCUAUGACCACGUAAAACC